CCACCUUCAUCCGACAUGCCGCACUCGCAGACUGCAGUGGCUCACGGCAAGCCCUGGCCGGAUCCUGUGUUGGCCGUCUAUACAUCUGGUACCUAUCGCAUCGCCAUACACAGCCCUCGCUUAUAUCUAGCUCGACGCCCCAGCCCGAUACUGGCUCACACUCAUGGCUCUGCUCCAAGAUCGCUCCAGGGCGGAGUCACCAGCAUACGACGGCAACACUUCCAAGGAUUCAGACGACAGCAGCCUCACACUAAUUUCAUCAUACGACGGCGAAGCACGCUUUACAUCGCAGAUGAUGGAAUAUUCAGGUAGCUCCAGCCGCUCCUCACGCUCCUCGGAAGACUACGAUGGGGAAAAGAGUCUGCUGCAUCGGUAUCGUGAUCAGGGCAGCGACUCCUACUCCAUAGACGUCGGCUCUGGCGGCUCCUCUUUCCGCUCAGCCAAUAAAUCCAGCAUCAAGGCCCGAGCUCGCCUGCAGCUGCGUCGUCUGACGCGGCUCAUGCCCAGACCCAUCAUCACAGUCUUCAUCCUCGCCUUGGUGUCGCUACUGGGCGUAUCCUUUACUCUCAAGGAUCAAUUGUCGACAUCGAGCCUUCGUGACCUGCAGUCCCAAUGGCGCAAUGGAGCAAAGCUGUUGACUGGCGGUACAUCAUUCGUAGGUACAGAGAGCUCCAGCCAGACGGUAGCAAGCACACACAGGGCAGGCCUUCCCCGGAGACCUAUUCCCAUUCAGUCCCACCUGGAAUUCCUCAAGGACGAUGGCAAAUACCUAGAGGCUUGGGUCGCUCGGGGAGAGGUCCUCGAUGGUCUGAGCUUCUCAGAACACACCAAGCUUGACGGUCUAUGGAACUGGGUCAAUGGAAGCGACCCGCGACAUUCUUUGGGUCGUGCUCACUUCGCUCAGGAUCCCACUCGAGCGGUUGUACCUCCUACCGAAGUCGAUGCCGCUUCUUCGCAGGUGAUCAAUGGCGUGAUCUCCUCCCUUGAGGCUCGCUCUCAUACUUCAACAGUGAGGAAAAGCUUGAUGGCCAGUGCCGCUGAUCUUCGUCUGCAGAACCUGGAUUCACGCUUCAGAGAACACGAUGAGCUGCGUUACUCACUACGAAGCGCUAAGGCAUCUCUCGGGAAAUGGCUCAGGACGUCUCACGUCGUCAGCACCGACUUCUGGCCGGCAGGCUUGCCAGAGGGCUCAGACGCGCAACUCUCGAGUAGGGCUACGAAGUUCUCCUCUCGGCAGGCCAGGCGCGACUCACUCGCCAUCAGCCUAGGCCAGAGCGACGUCUUCCACGUCGAGGGUGGUUUGACACGUUACGGUCAACUACCCCAGUGGCUUGAUACCAAUUCAACGGACGUACGUGUUGGUGACCGUGCCAGGAUGAUCGAGGCUGGUGCACCGCCUGCUCUUCGAAUGCACCACGACUGGAGUGUCUUCACUCCCAUUCAAGAGGUCGAGCCGGUGUCGCAAGCCCUUCCGUCCCCACCAGCAGAAGAAGACAUCCUCGCAUGGAAGUUGAGGGUCUUGCCCACUUUCAACAGCAUGGCCGCCGAGGCCGGCCUCGGCUUGAACGUCACCGACCUGUCGGAGAUCUUCUUCUACACUAAUGAUGAUAACUUCAUGGACGCGCCGAUGUCGACGGCAGACUUUGCUUCACCUCUGUACGGCCCUGUCUUCCAUAUCAACCACGUCUACCCUCUUCAGCCCAUUGAGCACCCCAAGAAGGAACUCGGCGAGCACCCUUCACUCCGAUUCUCCGCUUGGCUUCUGGGAGAGCGCUUUGGACCAAGGACACGGCACUACAUCAUUCACGUCCAGAAGGCGCACGUCCUCCCCCUCGUCCGGGAGUCACGCUUGAUGUGGGGCGCGGAGUUCUACAAGACGACGGCCAAGAGGUUCCGCGGGGACGGUCGAGCCACCAACUCUCACCUCUUGUCAUACAACUUCAUCAUGGAGCGCCAUCGAGAGGCGCUCCUCUGGAGCUACUUCGUCGCAAAGCUCGACGCCGACGGUAACGGUCAUUAUAGUCGUGAAGAGCUCCAAGAGGCAUGGCGAGAGCUGGGACUGCUUUCGGAUGAUGGAGAUCGGGACGCUGAUAAUCUAUGGAAUGAUCCCGUGAUCACGAGGGUCACCCUUCCUGAGCGUGAAACCCUCCUUCAGGCCAAUCUCGAGGACAACUUGCAGUCUUCGCAAUUCCCUACGCCUCAACAGGCGAUAUACCAAUUUGUCUCUCAGGAUGGCUAUGCACUCUCGGCCAUCUCAUAUGCCCGCAGAAAGGGAUCCCAGUGGCCCACAUUCCACCGAGAGGUUGGUACAAAACCCAUCGACUAUGACCGCACCGUCGGCUGGAUCGACUGGCAGACUUGUUGGCCCGAGCAUGUGAGGGAGAACCCCGUGGAGCUCUUCAAGCACAUGGCCUUUGUCGAGCGCGACUGUGGUGACGUCUUGACGACCUUCCUGACAUCCAAGUCGGGCAAGAAGGGUCUUUCGGCCUUCCUACCCCGUGAAGGCACCUCCUUCCCUGCCGUCUCCUCGCCGAUCCACCGCAACGAGACGACUCCUCAUCUGCCGCUCAACCCCCGGUGGGAAGACGCAGACUUUUCAAUGAAGGCAGUGGCUCGCAAUACCGGAUGGUCCGAGGGCUCCCGACGAAGCUUUGCCAUGCUCCUGAUUCAGAGGUAUGCCUACACCAUUGCCGCCGGCACCGUCACCUUUGAGAUGCUUACCAAUCCACAAGACGGAGCCGUGAUGUUUGACAAGCUGCUGUCGGCUCGAGUCAGGCAAGGAGGUACUGCUCUGAUUGGUAUCAAUGACGAUGUCAAGGGUCAGGCAGAGAAGACGUUUGGCCUGCUCAAGGAUUGGAUGGAAGAGAGCUGGCCAACAAAGUCUGCGGCCUUGCCAUACGAGAAGGUGCCGCCUGGAAGGGGUUGGGAGUCUGCACCCGUACUAUAAGAUGGGCACGGGGUGGGUCAAGGAUUCUGUUCAAUAUUUGUCAAAUACACAUGUGUACAUUAGCAGUGCGUUUUAUCAUAUUCUCCUUUGCAUCAACGAAGUGCCUUGAUGGC